AUGCGCCAAGAAGGGAAAGAAGUCAAUAAAAACGAAAGGCAAAAGGCCUAAAACAGAUAAGCAACUCAAGAAUUGGGCCCACUAUAUAUCUCAGCUAUGGCUCUCUUCUUCGUGAACAUCGUCCGCUGCUCAUACAGUGUUUCUCCGCCACCACGAUUCUCUCUCUUCUCCAUUUCCGAAUGGCUGCGUGUGGUAUUGGACCUUCAGGCAUUAAGAUAAAGAGCUUGGAUUUGGGUUCUGUAAGUCCAAAAUUAAGAACGCUGCAACCCUUGCAUGGUUUGAGGACGCCCAGGAUUGUUCAAUUUGAUGGUUUAGUGUUGUUGCGUAGACCAAAGAAGUCGAUUGUUGCAUUUCGAGGCUCAGCUUUUGGGGAUGAUUCUGCAAAAGCCAGUGUGGAAGACAAUUCCAUAGAAACUGUAGCAACUGAUGCAGUCAGCCCACUUAUUCCCAACGCAUUUGAGGUUGAAUCUCUUUUGAUGGUACUAUGUGACACAACAUCAAUCGCGGAGUUUGAGCUUAAACUUGGGGGAUUCCGGUUAUAUGUCUCAAGAGACUUGGCUGAACAAAGUGCACCUCCGCAGCCUCCUGCUCCUGCUCCUGUUAUGGCCCAUGCAGUUGUCGAGACACCUGCUUUAAAUGGCUCAGUCUCAUCACCAUCAUUGGCACUCUCCAGACCAGUUUCUUCCCCAGGUGGAGUUCAGUCUCUGCUUGAUAAGGCAGCAGAUGAGGGCUUGGUGAUACUUCAAUCUCCAAGGGUUGGGUAUUUUAAAAGAUCCAGGACCAUUAAAGGGAAGAAGGCUCCUCCAUCUUGCAAAGAGAAAGACACGGUAAAGGAGGGGCAGGUGCUCUGCUACAUUGAACAGCUAGGCGGAGAGAUCCCCGUUGAGUCGGACGUAUCUGGAGAGGUGGUGAAAAUACUUAGAGAAGAUGGUGAUCCUGUUGGGUAUGGUGAUGCCCUUAUUGCGGUCCUUCCUUCCUUCCCCGGAAUAAAAAAGCUUCAAUAGGUCGCCGUAUGUUCCUUGCAGUAGCUCUCUUCUUCCUUAUUUCCAUUCUCUCUCUCUCGGUUCUAUGCGUGCAUAUUAUUCUGUGAUGUUGGUGUCUGCAAAAGUGCGAGAAUGCGAGUACGAUGUUGUUGAGAAAUCAUUUUGAUAGAAUGAGUAUUGCUAGUAAUGGAUAUUCAAAUUUAUUUGAACUUGAAAAAGAAAUGUUUAGUUUCUGCGUAUUCUUCAUUUUCUUAACUUUGUUUCAGCAUUGGUUUUCUUACUCCAACGCUUGUUCUUUCUCUUAAUCUCAGCCACCCUUUGUAAACUUUAAAUUUAUGCUUUCGGUCUCAGAAUUUCAUAAUUAUGAAUUAAGUGCUUUUGUUGUACAAA